AUGCCGUACCCUACGAGUAAAUCUAACCCUACCUCACGGGCCUCCUCCACUAGAGCCUCAAACCCAACCCUCGUCCCAGCUGGGGAGUUCAAACGCGGAAAGAGCAAGACUCCUACGCCGAAACUGGCCAGCGGAGAUAACCCUCCUGUUCGAGAUGCACAAAGCGGCCAAGAAUCAUUAUCUCCACGCCGCGGCAGCGAGCAAUCUGGUAGCGAUGGAAACCCUUCGAAGGCAAGCCUUAGCGUCCCACCGAAGCCUGGAAGACAACCGUACCUCAGAGCAGCAGCAGCUCAACCAGCGAGAGGUUUGAACGAGCAAGGUCCAGCCCAGAGGAAUCAGGGCAAUCGUCCUCGGAGACAAGGAAGGAUGGGGGGACGACCAAAUCAUCGCCGAGAAGUUUACUCAGAAAUGAUCCGAAUGUACAGGACCCUCCAAGGGACUUAUCAACAUCUGGACGAAGCCUCCAGAAUCAACCAAGGAAGGAACUAA